GUUCGUCGAUCGGUGAUGGGUUCGGGGGUGGAUGGCGGUCGGAGUCACCGGGAGCGGUCCCGGGGCAGGGAGAGGGAGCGGUCCCGCGACAGGGAGAGGGAGCGGUCCCGGGACAGGGAGAGGGAGCGGUCCCGCGACAGGGAGAGGGAGCGGUCCCGCGACAGGGAGAGGGAGCGGUCCCGCGACAGGGAGAGGGAGCGGUCCCGCGACAGGGAGAGGGAGCGGUCCCGGGACAGGGAGAGGGAGCGGUCCCGGGACAGGGAGAGGGAGCGGUCCCGGGACAGGGAGAGGGAGCGAUCCCGGGACAGGGAGAGGGAGCGGUCCCGGGACGGGGAUCGGAAGGGGGUCCGGCGCCGGAGGGAGAGGAGCAGGAGCGACAGCCGCAGCCCGGGCCGAAGGCGAUCGAGAUGCGAGCGCGGGUCCAGGCCGAGCAGAUCCCGCCGCCGGCGCUCCUCCUCUGGCUCCCGUUCCCGGUCUCCACGCUCCGACCGCUCGGCCUCCUCCUCCUCUUCUUCUUCUUCCUCUUCCUCCAACCACUCGGGCAUUUCGAGCCAUACCAGCCGCUUGUUGAGCCUCCAGGAGAAGCUGAAAGAGAAGGCGGAGAAGAAACGGCAGCGAGAACUGGCCAAGGCCAUGGAGACCCCCGAGGAGAAGCGAGCCCGCCGGCUAGCCAGAAAGGAGGCCAAAGAGAGAAAGAAGAGGGAGAAGAUGGGCUGGAGCGAGGAGUACAUGGGCUACACGAACGCUGACAAUCCCUUUGGAGACAACAACCUGCUUGGGACCUUCAUCUGGCAAAAGGCACUAGAGAAAAAAGGCAUCAGUCAUCUCACUGAAAAAGAUUUGAAGGACAGAAACAAGAGAAUUCAAGAGGACAACCGUUUGGAACUGCAGAAGGUGAAGCAGCUUCGUCUGGAACGGGAGCGGGAGAAAAGUCUGCGGGAACAGGAGUUGGAGAUGUUGCAGCGAGAAAAAGAAGCAGAACACUUCAAGACCUGGGCAGAACAAGAAGAUUAUUUCCACUUACAGCAAGCCAAACUGAGAUCAAAGAUCCGUAUUAUGGGAGGCCGAGCGAAGCCGAUAGACCUUCUUGCUAAAUACAUCAGUGCAGAAGAUGAUGACCUAGCUGUAGAAAUGCAUGAACCAUACACAUUCCUAAAUGGGCUGACUGCUUCAGACUUGGAAGACCUCCUUGAGGAUAUCAGAGUUUACAUGGAACUGGAGCAAGGCAAGAAUGCUGACUUCUGGAGAGAUAUGACGACUAUUACUGAGGAUGAAAUCAGUAAUCUGAAAAAACUGGAAGCUUCAGGAAAAGGACCAGGAGAGAGACGAGAAGGAAUCAAUACUUCGGUGAGCACUGAUGUUCAGUCAGUGUUCAAAGGCAAAACCUACAACCAGCUUCAAGCACUGUAUCAAAACAUCGAAGCGAAAAUCAAAACUGGUGGUUCAAAUCUGGACAUUGGCUACUGGGAAACUUUACUGCAGCAACUCAAGGCGUAUAUGGCCAGAGCCAGGUUGCGUGAAAGACAUCAGGAUGUAUUGCGACAGAAGCUGUACAAACUGAAGCAGGAGCAAGGGGUGGAAAGUGAGCCCUUGUUUCCAAUUCUGAAGAGCGAGCCACAGUCUCCCAAGGACAAUAGAGAUCACAGCAACCUUUCCUCAUCUGACCACUCUAGUGCAGAGAACUCUCCUCUCAGGUCACAGGAUGAAGCCAAAGAAGUACCGGGAACUUGCGAGGGGAAUGCAGAAGAGGAGAAUGCGGAGGGUGAAGCUGAGGGAGAAGCAGUCCUCACCGAGGAGGAUCUGAUACAGCAGAGCUUGGAUGACUAUGACGCUGGCAAAUACAGUCCCAGGCUACUGAGCACACAUGAACUGCCGAUGGACACUCACAUUGUAGAUGCUGAGGAGGACCUGCAGAAGCUGUUGAUGGCACGGCAGCAGUUACAAGUGACUGGUGAUGCCAGUGAGAGUGCUGAAGAUGCAUUUGUACGCAAAGCCAAGGAGGGGAUGGGAACCGAUGAGGCUCAGUUCAGCGUGGAAAUGCCCUUGACAGGCAAAGUCUAUCUGUGGGCUGACAAGUACCGACCCAGAAAGCCACGGUUCUUCAAUCGCGUCCAUACUGGCUUUGAAUGGAACAAGUACAACCAAACCCACUAUGAUUUCGACAACCCUCCUCCCAAGAUCGUGCAGGGUUACAAAUUCAACAUCUUUUACCCAGACCUUAUUGACAAGCGGGCAACUCCUCAGUAUUUCCUUGAGCCGUGUGCGGACAACAAAGAUUUUGCCAUUCUUCGCUUCCAUGCCGGUCCUCCCUAUGAAGACAUUGCCUUUAAAAUCGUAAACCGAGAAUGGGAGUACUCUCACCGGCAUGGUUUCAGAUGCCAGUUUGCCAAUGGAAUAUUUCAGCUAUGGUUCCAUUUUAAAAGGUAUCGCUACAGAAGGUAGAAACACCCUGAGGUGAAACUAAUUGACUGGUUAUCAUUUUCAAAUUACUUUCCUUUGUGAAACUGCCAGCCAGUAAUAUGUGCUGCACAGGACUUUGAAGGGGAUGUAGCCAACAGGACAGUAAAGGAUAUUUUCCAGUGAUGUGAGAUAAUUUUAAUUUUUCCUAUGCUAUCAUUACUUUCCCCAGUAUACUUUGUGAUUAUUGCAACAAAACUUAAUUGAACCAUAACAAAUCUGCUCUGCUGAAAGAACUGAAACCUUAAGGUAUUAUCUCUUUUAUGUUACAUCAUCAGUUUGACUUCCUUAUACUCUUAUUGUAAUACCGAUCUCUUAAUUGUUCAUUCUGUGAGGAACUGUGAUUGACUAAAUUGAGCUACGCAGAAGUUGUAACUGGGAGAUAUAAAGGUCUUUAUUCAAUACAGCAUAAUAGAGAGAAUCUCGUUGUCCUCAUCUUGCAUAAUAUUUUAUGCUUUUUGAUCACAGAUAAUAAACAAUUAACCAAUGGCUAUAACCACCAUUUUGAAUGUAAGUUGGCAGAUUACAUAUUUGCAAUGGUAGAAAGUAUCAGCUAGCCGAACCUCUUUGCACAUUUAAUACUAGUGGCUGGUCCGAAAGCUCAGUACAAAUUCCAGACACCCAAAAUAUACUCCUUCUGUUACAGUGUUGAGGGAUGGUUCCCUGAAUGUUUAUUCAUUCAUUAUGUGUCGUGUCAUAUGAUGUGGGUGAUCAUGGUCUUGACAACUUUUUCUCCAGAAGCAGUUUGCCAUUGCUUUGUUCUGGGCUGUGUCUUUACAAGAUGGGUGACCCUAGGCACUAUCAAUACCUUUCAGAGAUUGUCUGCCUGGUGUCAGUGGUCGCAUAACCAGCACUUGUGAUAUGUCCCAGCUGCUCAUACGACCAUCCACCACCUGCUCCCAUGGUUUCAUGUGACCCUGAUUCGGGGGGCUAAGCAGGUGCUACAUCUUGCCCAAGGGUGACCUGCAGACUAGCAGAGGGAAGGAGUGCCUUACACCUCCUUUGGUAGAGACAUAACUCCACCCUGCCACCUAUAUGUAUUUAAGGAAAAUCACAACUGUAAAAAAACAAGUUACAAGUAAGAUUAAUUCUUCACAAAAAGAUUGAUAACAACUAAACAACACACAGCAGGCCAGACAGUAACAGACACAAAAUGCUGGAGGAACUCAGCAGGCCAGGCAGCAUCUAUGGAAAGGGGUAAACAGUCAACAUUUCAGGCCGAGACCCUUCUUCAGGACUGGAGAUAAA